CUCCGCUAACGGGAAAGGCGCUUCUCGGUUCAGAAGCGCGCACGUACGUUCACACGCAUUUCCAGGAAACCAGAGAGGGGCCGCGAUUCUUUGGCCAAAGGAAAUAGAUUGGCGCUGUUCUUCCACCCUCCUCCUCCUCCUCCUCCAUUUCACUCCCCCACCCCAACCCCAGCCCCGUAAACUUCCACCUCUUUCUACUCUUCCCUGUCCGAACUGGGGAGAGCAAAACCUCCCUCCGAGACCAUCCCGACGCUCGGGUGCGCCUUCGCCCACCUCCAUCCUCCCGCCGCCGCUCGAAAGAUGGGAGAAAGGGGCAACCGCUCUGGACUCGCUUCCCGCAGCCCAGCCUGCAAAGCCGAGUUUUAAACCGAUUUGUUUGCCCCCUUUUGUUCUCCCACUCGUUGGAGAAACCCAGGCACCGCUCGGCUUUCCUCGCCAACCAAGAUGCAGCUCUGAUAAAUGAUCAAGCUGUCCACUAGUUAAUUGGUGGCGCGAUGGUCCCCCUAUGCUGUUGCUGCCCGCCGGCAUCUGCACCAAUCGUGGUGGCCAUGACAGGCCCUGCUGCCCCUUCCUACCAUUUCAAGAGUUUCUGUGGAGAGUUUGAGCGGGUGGAAAGUGCCUUGGAACGAUUGGAGGCCAGUGGCUUCUACUGGGGCAGCCUGUCAGGAGCUGAAGCCAAGAGGCUGUUGACUUCCCAGCCUCCUGGCGUCUUCCUGGUGAGAGAUUCCUCCGACCAUCAUCACCUCUUCACCUUGAGUGUCCGCACCAGGACAGGCAUCACCAACCUGCGUAUUCAGCAGCAGGACUCAGCUUUCCACCUGGAAGCCUUGCCAGGAGCUGGCCAUCCCCCAACCUUCAGUUGCGUAGUCCAGUUAGUUGAGUAUUAUCUCUGCCUGGGGGCUGUGGAAGGGGGUCCCUGCUACUUGGAGAGGGAGGGUCAGCCUCCAGUACCUUUGGCCCUCUCACAGCCACUCCGUUGCAAGGUUCCCACUUUGCAGGAGCUGUGUCGGCGGGCUCUCCGAGCCAGCGUGCAGGGCAGAGGUGACACCAGAGCUCAGCUGCAGAGGCUGCCAGUCCCCCAGGCAUUAUUGAACUCAAUCUGCAGCUAAAAGGAAGCACCUGUUUAAAACCUUUUAAUGAAUGCGGAGUUGGGGCCUUCCUUGUUAAUAUGAGCAGAGCUGGUUGUAGAUAGUGUACUGCUGAUGCACCACUAUAUUCUUGGAACAUCUGACAGAUAAGCCAACCUUUGCAUUGUGGAGCUGUUUAUAAUGAGCCUUCCAAAAGCUACUGAAAAUUAUCUGAAAAAGGGAUUGGCAGAGUAGGUUAGUCAUCGAUAAGGAAAUGCAUAUCCUAUAUAAUCCCCUUCCCCGUUUUUCCAAGCUAGCCACUUCCACAUUUCAAAUGCUUCUUGAGCACAGGUA